GACGCGUUGGAGAGACUCACCAAGCGGACGGGAAAAGUGCCAGUUUCUGGUCUGCUUGUAAGUCACUUUCAGUGGUAGUGGGAAGAUUGUCCUUCUCGAGCAGGUGGACGUUGAGUUGGCCUAUUUCCAACGUGCGUAAAUUGACAGGAGAGGUCUAGGAAAGAAAACAGUCUUGGAGUGACCGGCAGCUACCAAAGAACGGGAGGAAAGGAGGAGUGAAAAGAGCCCGAAGGAGAGACGAGUGCCUGGUGGAUGGAAAUGCUCUCUGCGUUAUUUCUUCCCACACAUUUGAACAUUUCACGUUUUUUCUGGAAAAUGUCGCGGGUGUGCGCUGCGUAAAACCGCCGACUUCUUUCAUGUCUCAUGCCAGUAGAAGGAACAGUUACUUUUCUUCAAGUUAACUGUAAGCGGAGCUGUGAUUUCAUAAAAGAGGAGGCACUGGGCUAAAACUGAGAGCGAGUCACUGAACAGUUACGAACCAUGGUGAAGUUUCAUAACUCGGACCUAUGGAUAGCCUGGAUGGUCAUUUUCUGCAUGGAGGGUUCAAGGUUUGAUCUACACACAGGGAAAGUGUGUGUGCGGGCGCUCGAUGUGACGGUGUCCCAGAGCAGUAUCCAGGUGGCCCGCGGCCAAGCAGCUGUCCUGCCCUGCUCUUUCACCACCAGCGCUGCCCUCAACAACCUCAACAUCAUCUGGAUGGUGAUACCGCUGUCCAAUGCCAACCAGCCAGAGCAGUCAAAGCAGGUGAUCAUUUACCAGGGCGGCCAGGUGUUCAGCCUCGCCAACCACCUCAAUGGUCGUGUGGGCUUCGUGGCCACCAUGCCAAGUACAAGUGCCUCCAUCUUCAUCAACAACACCCAGCUGUCCGACACUGGGACCUACCAGUGCCUGGUCAACAACCUCCCAGACAGAGGGGGGCGCAACAUCGGCGUCAUCGGACUCACUGUGUUGGUACCCCCCUCGGUGCCAGCGUGUCGAAUCCAGGGCACUCUGGAUGUCGGCAGUGACAUCAUGCUGUUCUGCAGCUCAGAGGAAGGUAUUCCCACACCGUCCUACUCCUGGGAGAAACUGGACGCACUGCCCAAGCUGCCGCAUAACGCCAUGCAAGACCAGAUGCAGGGCACUGUCACACUGAGAAACAUCAGCACCAGCACAUCUGGACUCUACCAGUGUACCUCCAGCAACGCUAUUGGCAAGAGCACCUGUCUGCUCAACCUGCAGGUUGUAGCACCCCAGCCUCAGAGUGUAGGUCUGAUAGCAGGGACCAUCGCUACAGGAGUCCUGGCUGUUGUCAUCUGUUCCCUUUUAGUAGUGGUCACACUCUUCUACUGGAAGAACAAGAAUAAAUACGAUGAGGAGGAGAUCCCCAAUGAGAUCAGAGAAGAUGACCUUCCUCCUAAGAGGUCAUCAUCAGUGAAGGCUUUCCAUGCAGACGCCUCAUCAUCGGAGAACGACACGUUGACGUCUACCAACACGUACAAUAGCCGCUACUGGCACAACCCCAAACCCAACUAUGACACCAACUCCUACACUCGCUACAAUGGAGACACACGCCAGACCUUCUCCACUGCUGCCCAUGGCACACAUGGACAGGCCCAGAAUGCAGGACACAGCCAUAGUACAGUGGUCACAGCGCCUGGCUCAGCACCGCUGUCCCGCCAUGCGCCGCCCACAACGGCAACAACAACAUCGUUUGCCAAUGGCAGCCACACACUCCCGCCACCAAAGACUCUGGUGGUCACCACGAACUCUGCCCCGUCCCCUCCCACCAUGGUGCGCAGCAACGGCACUGUGAGCCUCAAACCAGUGGUGACAUCAACACAUGGGCAACACACACACUCCUACGCCGUGAGCCAGGCCACGCUGGAGCGGAUGGGGGCAGUACCUGUCAUGGUGCCCGCCCAGAGCAGAGCAGGCUCGCUGGUCUGAAAUCUGAUUGGGUAAACUGUUAGCUUUGAAAACGAGAUUAAAUGAGUGUUUGGUUGUGAAGUUUGAAAUCCACUGAUGAAAAACAGACAGGAUAUGGGCUGAAGCAGCCCACUGCCCUUUUCAGCUGUGUCUUUCUUUCUGUAUGUCUCGACCUUUUUAUCUCAAAACAAACUGGGAUUUUACAGUGCAGAGUUCAUUUAAUGCCAAUUCCUUGAUGGACAAGAUCCUCCAUUUUGUAGACAAGCACUACACGGAACUUAUUUGUCCCCUUAUUGGAUGGAUUGUCCUGGCGGGUGCUGGUGGGAACUACUUUUCAACCACUUUACAACACUGGAGGGAAUAUUCCAGCACAACCUGGAUUCCCAGAUCUCAUUCAGGGCCGGAUAGUUGUGAUGAUUGUGUUUUAUUUGACUCAAAGCAACACAAGGCAUUUUCAUCUCAGUGUGUCCAUACUGCAUGGUCAGAGAGAAGUGAGCUCGGAUUCCCACAUAAAUGCAUGUGUCCCUUGUUUUAGGAUGACAAAUUAAGUCCAUAUUAUUUCUAAUAAUUUCUUCUCGCAUUUGUAAGUUUGAUUAAAAGUAAUGCUAGUGAUGAUGAGGCUUGCGCAUUGAAAAAGUGAAUGUUGUGUUGAGAGAAACUUAAAGGAUGAAAGUAUAAAAAUGAAAUAAUGGUGGUUAAAAUGGCCUUAGAAGCUUAGAAAGACACGUUUUACUGGGUGCAAUACAUCGCUGACUAUACUUUACUUCACUGAAUGCAAAUAUUUUCGUUUUGUUGCACUUUUCAGAGCAUAUAUCAAAAUUGAUGUCUUAUGAAUAAUAACUCAGUCUUACUAAUGAAAUGCUUACCCAUACAACAUAGAUCAAAACUUCUCUGCACAUGCAAAAUACCGGUGAUAUUUGAAGAUAGUGCAUGUGCUGUAUUUUCAGCCGCACAAAACUUUUCACAAGAAGCUACUGAGCUACUGCAGAUGGAUAUUGUUGUAGUCUUUGCUGUGUUCACCCUUGCUGUUGUACUAAUCUGGUUCAUGUCACAUCAGUGCUGCUUUGAGAGGACGGGGAUAAGGGGAUGUCUUAUUUCAUAAAUGCUUUAUAAAGAGACAAAUAUAUAUUUAAAAAAAAAAUUUUUCCUUUGACAAAGGCUAACAUCUACUGUUUUCUACUGUACAUACUGUAACUACAACAUUAGGCUAGUUUGUGGAUCAAAGAAAAUACAUGUCUGACUGAUACAUAUUUUACAACUCACGUGUCUUAAUUUUAAAAUGGUUCUUUUUCUUACAUUAGACAACAAGCUGGAUUUGAUAGACAGUGUUAUUGGUUUCAAUCAAGUGAUUUUUUUAAUGAUUUCAUUUUCUAAUGAGUAUUGCCAUUUCAUUACCAGGUCUGAGGUAAGGACAGUAUGGUUUAACACUAAUGACCAUAUGUUUAACUCUAAAUAACAGACACCUAAGCUGUACAUGGUAGAAAGUAUCACUGUGUUUCUGACCUACUGUUUUUUGUAUUUUAACCAAAUUUCACCGGUGGAGAACAGUCUGAACUGUCUUAUUAUUUGUAUUUUACAUGCAGUAUUGGAACAAGUGUUCAAAAGUAAUUUCUCUCUAUGUUUAAUUUAUGUUUUUUAUUUAUUUUUUUUUAAUUGGCAUUUAAAAUCUAAUGUAGAAACAAAAAAGUGCUCCAACUUUAACAAAUAGAAUUUCAUGACUUAUGGUGAAAACUAUUUUUCAUUACUAUUAUUUGAUCCAGAUGACUUCACUGACCUAGGGACUGUUAGAUGCACUCAAAACACAGAGUACUAUUAAAGUUAAUCGAAUUUGAAAAUUAAAAAGAAGAUUCAGCAGUGAGAGUAGUAUUAACUUAAAAUUCUAGAUGGAGGAAAAAUUAAUAAACCCAACAAAUGUUUGGAUCAUAGGUAUAAUAAAUUCCAGCCAAGAUAAUGUACUUUUGUAUUGUUGAUGUCAUCCUUUAAUUAACACAUACAUGGACUGAGUCCUGAAUAUAGACCUGAGGAGUACAAGUCAACACUGGUUUUCCAUCACAGUUUGUUGUCAGAUGUGUAGACCUGCAGUUUACACAGACCUGGAUAAUUCUGAACUUUUCCUGAUUUUUCCCUGGAAGUCAUAAUGGGAAUUUUAUUUAUUCACUAGUUACUGCAUUACGCGCCAGUUUAGAUCCACCACAAACAUGCAUCUUUAUCAGCAUAGAGUUGACCUAGGUCAGCUACACACCCUCCCAUUGCUUUUACACACAUAUUCAUCCUGUUUUUCUUCAAGGCUACUGGCUACUGUGUGGCAGAGCUACAGUCCACCUGCAAGACAUACAUAUACACACACACUGAUUUAUAAAUACAGAGGUUGAAAGAGGUCAGAAAUUCAAUUAUCAAUCAUUAUCUCCCUGACUUUUUUGGCUGACAGAGUUUUCAGAAUAAAGUCCUCUGUCUGUGUAGAUUCCUGUCACCAUUUCUCCAAGUGCCCCUGCCCUGAACACUGGCUGACAACAUUAAAGAACUUUUCUUCUAAGAUUUCUGGCUUUAUUCUUUCCAGAGAGAAUGGCAAGCUGGAAAAGCUAAACUGAGAUUAUUUUACACUAACUCUAUCCCCCACUUGCAAUGGAGGAAGGAGAGCACAAUCAGUAGAAAUCUACUGAGGUUUUAACCCAGAUUAAAUAAACAUCUCGUCUUCUACCCUGGCCAUAGGUUGGCAUAUGGUACACAAGGUGGUAUAUGGGUUGUACAUAUAUAGAUAAAUAAUUACCUGUGGUAUAUUGCCAAUAAUAAAAAACAAUCUGUAAAUAUGUAUAAAAAUACAUCUUGUUCUUACUGUUGGAUUUAAAUGAAAUAGGAACAAUAACACUGGAAC